GUGUCCCCUCGUGUCCCCAGGCUCCAGCAAUGCCUGUGAGAAGACAUCGUUCGUGUUCCUGCGCCAGGAGCUGCCCGUGCGCCUCUCCAACAUCAUGAAGGAGAUCAACCUGCUCCCGGACCGGGUGCUGCGCACGCCCUCCGUGCAGCUGGUGCAGAGCUGGUACGUCCAGAGCCUGCUGGACAUCAUGGAAUUCCACGACAAGGACCCCGAGGACCAAGCCACGCUGGGACAGUUCACGAACGCGCUGGUGACAAUCCGGAACCGGCACAACGACGUUGUCCCCACCAUGGCGCAGGGCGUCAUCGAGUACAAGGAGACGUACGGGGACGACCCCGUGUCCAACCAGAACAUCCAGUACUUCCUGGACCGCUUCUACCUGAGCCGCAUCUCCAUCCGCAUGCUCAUCAACCAGCACACCCUGCUCUUCACUGGCAGCACCAACCCCGCGCACCCCAAACACAUCGGGAGCAUCGACCCCCACUGCAACGUGGCCAACGUGGUGAGAGACGCCUACAACAUGGCCAAGCUGCUGUGUGACAAAUACUACAUGGCCUCACCCGACCUGGAGAUCGAGGAGGUCAACGCCUGCAACGCGGAGCAGCCCGUGAACAUCGUCUACGUCCCGUCCCACCUGUACCACAUGCUCUUCGAGCUCUUCAAGAACGCCAUGAGAGCCACGGUGGAGAGCCACGAGAACAGCCCGCGGCUGCCGGCCAUCAGGGUGAUGGUGGCCCUGGGCCAGGAGGACCUGUCCAUCCGGAUGAGUGACAGGGGCAUGGGGGUGCCCCUGAGGAAGAUCGAGCGGCUCUUCAGCUACAUGUACUCCACAGCCCCCACCCCCCAGCUGGGCAGCGGGGGCGCCCCCCUGUUUGGAAUUGGUUGA